AUGUCCGCUGUAGCUCCCAAAAAAUGGUCGACGGUUGACUUGAAAGUUCCUGGCUUAGGAACUGUGUCCGGCUGGUGUUUCGACGGCACCACUUGUCAAUAUUAUGGCGUUCCCUAUGGAAAGGUCCCGGGGCGCUUCCGUCGUCCCCAGCCCGCAGACGCACCCUGGCCGAACAACAGAUGGGAUGGCACCAAGCUCUAUCCUUUCAGUCCACAGCCACCGCGAGAUUUUUACUUCGUGACCAAUCCUCCGAGACCGUGGGUGAAGGAGCCGACUACUUCGGCCACUGAAUGCCUGAAUAUCAACAUCUCAGUGCCCACUCCCCCGUCUGAGAGUGCCGGCAAAGCCAAAUACCCCGUGAUGGUUUUCUUCCAUGGAGGCGCGUUUGUCUACUCAGCUGGCUCAGCCGGCAUCUACGAUGGUAGGCGACUUGCCCAGAUCUCUCACCAGGACCUGGGGAUACCUACCAUCAUCAUCUCGGUAACCUUCCGCUUGGGCGUGUAUGGAUUCUUGGCAAGCAAGGAAAUCCGCCAAUACAACGAGAAACACGGCGAAGGAGGUGUUGGGAACUAUGGCUUGUGGGAUCAGAUUGAAGCUUUGCGGUGGAUCCAAAAGCACAUUUCUGCAUUCGGAGGAGACCCCGACAGAGUCACAUUGUUUGGCCAAAGUGCUGGUGGAGUAUCCUGCAACGUUCAUAUGCUACGGGACGAACGCUUGUUCUCGGCCGCUAUCAUCCAGUCUGGCCUCUUACCUCUUUGCGGUGUCCUGUCAGAGUCACAGUAUCAAGUCAUCUACGACAAACUGCUUGGGGAGCUAAACAUCUCAGACAAGUUGUCGCCGGAGGAGCGCCUACAGGAACUAUUGACGAUCGAUGAGUCGAAGCUGACAGCGGCAAUGGUACCAGUCUUCGUCACACCGGUCAUUACCAUAUCACCAUGUGAUGACCACUUCCUCAUCAAUGGUCCUAUGCCCAGUUACUCCAAUUACUCGGAUUUCAAACCGCCAUCAUGGUGCAAACGUGUCAUGAUUGGUGAUGUGGCCAACGAAUGCAUGAUAUGGAACAAGGGGUUCCGAUCCUACGAUGCUCAAAGCCUGGUCGCGAAGAUCAAGGGCUUUGUCAAGGACGACGCGAAAGCUCAAAAGUUCAUGGAUCUUUACGGUAUCACAGAAGACAUGGAUCGCAAUCGGACGUUCUACAAAAUCGAGAAGUUCACCACCGACGGAUUGUACCUUGCAGUCCACUGGUCCGCUCUACGGGCCUGUCCUGAAAUGUACGCGUACCGCUUUGACGUACCUUCGCCCUUUGAAAACGAAUGGAAGGGAUUGGCACAUCACUCACUUGAUAACGUGUACGUGUGGUCAUUGUUGAAGGACAAGCUUCCUCCCCAACAGCGGCGUGUUUCGGAGGAGAUGUCGGCUGCAUGGCUGAAGUUUGCGAAUGGACUCGAGCCAUGGGAACGAUUCGACAAGAAUCGGGCCUUUAUGGUCUUUGAGGAUGACAAAUGCCAUAUGGUCAAAGCCGACGAUGAUCUGAAGAAACGAAACUACAAGAUUUGGGAACAGCUCGAGGAGGAGGGACUGCUCCAGCAGUUUGGGGAGUUGGCCGAUGAGCUAUGUAUGCGUCACGAGGAGAUUUUGGACCCCAAAGCGAAGCCCCGGGCGAUGAAAGUUCCUGAAUUUGAGGAGUUGGGCAUUAGUACCGCACUGGGAAAGACUGGUUUGAAUAUCGACAUAGCUUAG